AUCUGGGUAAACCGCUUGAGGACUACAUUGCCAAGCUCCCCGUCUCCGUCUACGUGGUGAAGAUGAAGGAUCGAUCUGGUCUGAUCAGAGCCAGGAUGGCAGGGGCUGCUGUUGCUAAGGGACAGGUUCUUACCUUCCUCGACUCCCAUUGUGAGGUCACCGAAGGAUGGCUUGAACCAAUGCUUGCUAGGAUAGCGGAAGACCGGACAACAUCCGUAUGCCCCGUCAUUGAUGUCAUCAGCGACGAUACCUUCCAGUACCAACAUGGUAACGAUCCUCAGAUGGGCGGCUUCGGUUGGUCUCUCUUCUUCAAGUGGUAUCCUGUUCCAAAGAGGGAACAGGUCAGGAGAAAAGGAGACCCAACGGAACCUGUCAGGUCUCCUACAAUGGCCGGUGGACUGUUUGCCAUUGACAAGAGUUAUUUUGAGGAACUUGGGCAGUAUGAUCCAGGCUUCAACAUCUGGGGCGGGGAAAAUCUGGAGCUGUCUUUCAAGUUAUGGAUGUGUGGAGGUAAACUAGAGUUCAUCCCGUGCUCUCACGUGGGCCACGUGUUCCGCAAGAAGUCCCCCUACCACUUUCCCCCUGGUACCAACUACGUCAACAAGAACAACAAGCGCCUUGCCGAGGUCUGGCUGGAUGAGUACAAGAACUUCUACUACAGGAUAUCACCUUCCGUGGCCAAGACGGAUCCUGGAGAUCUCUCUGAUCGUUUGAACCUGAGGAAGAACUUAAACUGCAAGUCGUUCAAGUGGUAUCUUGAAAACAUCUACCCAGAGUCAUCCUGGCCAGUGAACUACCAGUUUAUGGGUGAAGUGAGGAAUAUGGAGGCUCAUGUCUGCUUGGAUACCAUGAUGAAAGAGGCUGGCCACAAAGUUGGUCUUUAUGGCUGUCAUGGGCAGGGCGGAAACCAGAUCUGGGCUUAUACAAGGAACAAUGAGCUGAGGCAUGAUGAUAUUUGCCUGGAUGUAGCCAGAGGAGGGCCCGUCAUGAUGCUUAGCUGUCAUAUGCAGGGAGGCAACCAGCAUUGGAACUAUGAUGAAUCGUCUAAAGAGAUGAAGCACAGUAGCGGUUUGUGUCUUGAUAUGAGCGACAAAUCGCGGGAGGAGCCAACCGUCCAAGCUUGCAACGGGAAGAAAUCGCAAAAAUGGGAUCUCAAGACGCUGGAUUUAAUAAGUUAGAACUGCCUUCUGAGGCAAAGUAGAUACCUAUAUUUAAUUGAUAACUUCUUCAAAAUUGCAAUGUUGAUUGGGUAUGAUUGUGAUUAUCAAUAUGGCCUAAUGAUUUGGUUUCUGGUAAUGGAUUGUAGAAACAAUCUGCAUGGAUUUUGGGAAUGGAGAUUACGAAGGACAAGGCCUGAACUGUUUUAAUGUGAUUAUUGAAAUGCAUUGAUGUACAAUGGUAAGAUAUAUUAAUGCUGUAUUGAAGUGUCUUUGGCGAUUUCUCAGACCUCUAAAUUUAAUUUUUAUUAGAUUUACAAAUAUUUUUGGGGGUUAUCUUUAUAAUGCCAUUGUGAACAAAAGUCAACCAGACUAUAGAAGUGAUCCAACAUGCCACUGAAUGGUUACCUGCAUCUCCAAGGGAGAAAUAAUACCCACAGUCCUGUAAUUCUCUCCAAGAUUUUCAUCCAUGAUAAUCUCAAAUUUCUUUAAAUGGGCAUGAGGUGUAUCUUUUUUAGAUUUUAUUUUGAUUUUUUUUUUACUUGGUGAUAAUUCCUAGAAGAAUGAUAGCAAUAAUAUACUGUUUUGAACAACACAUUUUCAGCUGAUGUGACUUAAACACUGUUAUGUUGUUUAUUUUUUCUAUUAGGAGUAGAAUGUCUGUGUUCUCGAUUUACAGAAUUCCAUCAAUGUUGCUUUUGAUCACCAGACAAGAAUGUUUAUAGUAUGAAACCAAUGCCCAUACAUUUUUGUGAAAAUUAUGCACACUGCACAUCCAUGCUUUGAUUUAAUCUUUAUUUGUAAUAAUUGAUUGUUCAUAAUUUCUUGGAUGCUGCAUGUUUUUCACUUUCUAUUUUUCGUGAUUUUUUUUGUCUGGGUGGAUGUUUCAUAAAGUUGUUCACAGAGAGAAUCAUUGGUUAAGUGUUAAGUCAUUUGUAACUUACUAAUAGCUUUCUGAACUCCCAUCUGGUUUCAACGCUCCUACAAAUAUUCUAGCCCCAAUUUGUUCAGAAUUGGGUAAAAUGUGAUUCCUGGACAGUUUUGAGGAAAACUGGAGGAGCAUAUCAUCAUCAGAUAAAGCUAGCUAUUGGUAAUUGUCAUCAACAAGUGUUAUAAGCUAUCGAAAUCACUGAACCUGAUUGGCUAAGAGUAUAUUUUUAAGGGAAUAAUCACUCAAAAAGUUCUUUGUAUAAAGCCACAACUGAUUUUAAUUUUUUUUAAACACUGGUGGUAUAGAUAUUUUUCAUAUUAAUCUGUAGUCACUCUUUAAUACACUCAGAGCAAAAGAAUCUAUGUAAGCAAAAUUGGAAAUAAACAUUAAUUAAAAAGGUUAUUUGAAGAAAUUUAGAGUAAAUAUAUCGAUGUAUGGAUUGUUGUCUUUGCCUAUUGAUGAUCAUGAAGCUAUAAAAUAAAACUAGGUAAAGUGCUUUAAUUCUAUUUUAUUUAAAGAAAAUAUGUAAACUUGUCUUUCUUGAUUUGGUAGAUACACAUGUGCUGUAUUUUUUUGUGUUUGGACAUGACAAUCUAGAACUUGAUUGGCGGUUUGUGUGUAAGUAAAACGAGAUACAAAGUCUGUACAUUAUGAUGAUAUUGGUGUUGGAUGUGUUAUGUCGUUUACUUAUUAUAAGAUCAGAUUGGGAUGUUUGAUAACUGUAAUGCAAGUGUUUUGCUCUUUGACCCAAUUCACACUCAAGAAGUAAGAGUGGUCCCAGUCCAUUGAUAGUGAAGAAGGUUUUCUUCUGAUUUGGGUGUUCUGAGUUGACUGAAAUAUGUAUUUUUCAGUUGGAGACCAGUUAUUAUUUUAUUUCUCCAGUAUUGGCAGUGGCCAGCCUUGUCUGUUGCUUGAUCAACGGAUGCCCAUGAUAGAACACUGUUCUAAUUGUCCAGCUAAUCCUUAUUAUCUUCGGUGAGAAUUGGGCUGCAACGCUUGAUACAAAUUGCUGGGCAGAUCCUGUGCAAUUCACACUUGAAGCAUAAGCAGAACAGCUGUGUAUCUAAAUGUGUGUGUUAUAAAUUGCAGUCACUAAAACUGCAAAAAUACAACAGACAUGUGAAGCAGGCUUUGGUAAAUGAAUUACAGUGUUUUCUUGUCUUUUCAGUGUAAUAAAUCAGACUUAAACCUUAUAGUCAUUGCAUAUUCAUCUUGUAUUUUUUGUACUUCAACUUCUAUCUCUGUUUUUAAAGAAAAACACACAACAUAUUUAUGGUCGUCAAUUUAUUUGUGUGUGGAGUACAAAUUGAAUUGAAUUUAAGUGAAUUUAAAUGUGUUGUUAGAAUACCAUCAUUUUAGUUGAAUUUGUUACUUUAUAAUGAUCUGUUUUAGUGUCUGUAAUAAAACUGUUGUCCUAAAACAGUUUUUCUACAUUUUCUUAUAGCCAUACAUGUACUUAUACUUGCAAUUAAAUAACUUGCAUGUAUAUUGUUUAUCUAAAAUCAUGCUUUGUCUCAAACUACAUGUGACUUUUUAAAUUUACCUAUUCAAGUGCAUUAUGCUUGUAAUAUACGCAAUUGUGAUUUAUCGUCUCUUAUUCUUCCAGCAUUCAAGAGUUGAACUUUUUAUUUGUUAUUGUAUUUUAAAGUUGAUAGCUGCAUUUCUUUUAGAUAUAAAAAAAAUAUCACAGAAGUCUGUUUCCUUUCUGAAACAGGAGAUUAGACUUGUGACUUCCUAGAAAAAGGAGGGGUUUUUGUAGUUAUUAGAGAUGCAAUUUGAAAUCAUCAGUUACAACACUCGCAAGACAAUGGCAUGGAACUGAUGAAGAUGGAAUCUCGUAUUCCAUAGAAUUGUGAUCUUGAUUUCCUGAUUAAUCUGGAAGUAACCCAUGGCUCCGUCUUACAAAGAGUUACGAUUGAUCUGAUCAACCGCAACUAUGGACGGCCAGCAACGUCAACAUGUAUUAUUCAUGUUCGUUCAAAAUAUUAUCUAACUAUGAUGUAUAUUCAUGCAUUCAUUGUUUUCUUGAAAAUUCUCUGUGCUUCUCUUUGUUUACAAAGGACAUUGUGCAAAUUUCCUAUAGAAAAAAUUAUGACACUGAUGGAUUUCGAUAGAGUUACGAUUGACUGGAUCAAUCGUAACUCUUUGUAAGACGGGGCCCAGGUUUAUCUGGAUUUUUAAAAAAAACGUGUAAAUUUCUUUAUUUAUGUUACCUGUACAGUAUUCCUGUGCUUCAAAGAUGGAAGUCUAAUAAAGGAAAUGUGAGAUUAAUGAUUAUGUUUAUCACAUUUGGAGAUAAAAUAUUAUGAGAUAAAAUAUUAUGAGAUUAAUGAUUAUGAGAUCAAUGAUUAUGUUUAUCACAUUUGGUGAUAAAAUUUGCAAUCUGAUCUGGAAAUUGGACAAAAUGGUAAUUACAAUUUAUUAGCUGUAAAGUGUUAAUUAAUCUCAUUGGGCAAUUAUUAAUCGAGUCUUGAGCAUAUAUGUGUUAAAAUAUAUACCUUGUGUAGAACUUGAUGCCGUUUUGUUCUUUCUUGUAAAAUGAUCAUAUUUGGCUUGUAUGUUAUUUGGUCCAUGUGCACAUUGGCUGAGCAGUAAGAACUUGUUGUUUAUGUUCUAUAAGUAGCAGCUCACAUUGAAAUAGCUAUUUUCUGUAAUUGUAUUGCAAAGCUUGCACUGAAAGUAAUUUGAUUUGUUUUAUUUUUUGGAACUUGUUCAUGCUCUGUCUAUUGCUUUGCAAGCACACAAUCACUGACAGUUCGAUUUAAACUUUCUGAUGUUGGUCUUUGUGCAUUUGGACCAAACAAGUGAUCAGUGAAUUUUCUCUUAAUCAACUCAAAGAUUCAUGAACUUUAGUGCCUUAGUCAUAAGUCGAUAUUUCUCAACUGCAUACAUGUAAUUUGUAACUAUUUUACAUUCAUUUAUAUUGUAUUAAAGUCAAUCAAUAGACAGAUAUACGUGUAGGCCUAUUAUGUACUUCAUUUUUUUUGUAGGUUUUUUUUCACUACUUGUUUCAUUUAUACAGAUGUCUUCUUGACUAUUUAUUUUGUAUAAUUUGUAAUGUUAUCGUUGAUUAUUACUUUAAUUUUCUAUUUAGAGGUAUUGAAGUCUAAUUUUUGUGUACAUUAUAAAUUGGAAAAGGAAGCAUCCAUUGCAAUGUACUGUAUAAUUCAUCAUACAUGUACUUUAUUAAUUAUUCUAAAGAUCCUUGUUUUUCAUUACCUGAAAUUCAAAUUCUGUGUUCCUCUUUGUUCUAGACUUCAAUUUGUACAUUUGAAAAUACAUAAGGCCAAUUUUUACAAUAAGUUAGCUUCAACAAUUACCCUAUUAUAGAUUUGCAAACAUAGCAUAAAAUUAUGCAUUAACCACUGCAAAGCAAAUGGAUUUUGUCAAAAAUUUAAUUUUUCUUUUUGAAUUGUAUGCUGGUAUAGUAUUGGAAUUCGCCUUUUUAUUAAAGCAAAAAUUAUGUUUUCUGUGAAAUUCUCUGGAAAUUCUAAAAUAAUUCUUAAAAUAAGAUUAUAUCUGAGUUUUUGUGAAUUUUUUUUUUUUUUUAAAUUGGUGACCAAACCAAAGAAUUCUAUGACUUUUGAACAGUAUGAAGCCAAACCUCGUUAUCUAGUUUUCUUUUGAAUUUCUCCAUUCAUAUAUGGUUUCAUUCAUAUUCGAUAAUGUAAUGUAUAUUUAGGCUUUUCAUCAGGAAAUAUGUUACUUAUUGCCAUAAAAUGCAUAUUAUGUAAACAAGUAAAUGUAAUAAUAUAUGAUUAGAUAAUAAUGUUAAGUAUAGAAGGUUUAUUUCAGGAAGAUAAAUGUAUCAAUUAUGAUACUAUGAGCCAUGACUUUAGAGUUGGGCAAAACAUAGUCUAGGAUUAGGAAAUAUUUCAAAGGAUGUAGGCAGGUAGGUAAAUUACUUUUAUUAUUAUAAAAUCAUAAUCUAAACUACUGCUUUGUUUAUAAAGGUUGAGCUGUUUUAAUAACAAAUCUGUAUUUAUUGUAAUUUUUCUUCCAUAGUAUCAAUAUUUAAUUCUAUUUCUUCCCUUCGUUCAAUUACAUUUCUAUCAUGCUUCUCAAUGGUGAGAAUGUGUGAUAAUGUUGCAGGGGAUGUAUGUGUAGUGAAUAAUGAUUAGUAAUGACCUGUUGAAAAUAGAUUUGAAGUUCUUUGAAUUGUUUAUUUAUGUUGAUUAAAUGGCAAACAUGGAUCCUAGUCAAAUGAUUGGCUGUAGUCCAUCACAUGACCUGUCAUAUACACUGUUAAAAAACCUGUGAUUUUACAGGGAAAAAAAAGAAGAUUUUGCAGAAAGCAAUAACUUAAUCAUUAUGUAAAUUCAUAAAACAGGAAUUUUUCUGCAAUUUAACAGAACAGGUCUGUUUAAAAAAGGGGAAAAUGGUGUUUUAUUUAAGGAAAUUUGUAAGAUUCCAUACACCAAAUACCAAUUUCCUGUAAGAUUACGCAAUCUGGUAAGAUUACAGGUGUUCUCGAGACUCUGCUGCAGGAACUUCUUUUAUUUUAAGGAUACAUUUUCUAACAGUGUAUUUUGGCUUAAUAGGAAAAAGUGCUAAUGACUGUUACUAAUGACUAGAUCUAAUGAAUGGUCUUGGGUGUUGAGUAGAGGAUGGUUUAUCAAGUAACAAAGAUCCACAUCAUUAUCCAAUAAAGAUGUUUAAUAUGCAUCAUUUUGCAUCAGCAUUAGAACAAUUAUCCGCACUGUUACAUUUGAAACAGUCCAAAUGCCCUCGGGUCUGCCUUGGGCGUGUUAGAACUGUUCCUAAGGUCUCUUGUGAGUUUAAUUCUAACUGAUGACCUGGAUGAUGGAGCGUUGUGGCCCAGUGGAUUAGUCUUCUGACUUUGAAACAGAGGGUCGUGGGUUCGAAUCCCAGCCAUGGCGUGAUUUCCUUCAGCAAGAAAUUUAUCCACAUUGUGCUGUACUCAACCCAGGUGAGGUAAAUGGGUACCCGGCAGGAUUAAUUCCUUGAAUGCAUGAGCGCUGAAAGGCAGCUCAAGCUAAAGCCGGGAUAAUAAAAAUAACAUCGCGCCUUGGAUUAGAAUAUUUCUAGAUAGAUGGCACUAUAUAAAUGCCUAUUAUUAUUAUGAUGUGUGUUAGUUGUAUAAUAUUUCCUAUGGAUGCACCAAAUUAUAAUGAGAUAAGGUUUUUAAUUUGUUGCCUACUUGAACCAGGUGGUUCCUGUGUAAUGCCUAUAAGAAUUACAGAUAUUGGUAGUCAAUGGGUUAAUAGUUGAAUGUGAACUUAUAUUGAUGUACAAGUGAUGAUGAUCAUAUUGUAAACUCAUUUUCUGUGCCUUUCUGUAGUAUAGCGUCACUGUAAAGUAGAAUGCCUUUUUGAUGACCUUGUAAAUAUCUCAUCUGUACUACUACUACCGAAUUGAUCUAUGAAAAAAUAUAUACCAAGUCCAUAUUUUCUGAUGGACUUAACAAGAGAGAAA